AUGAGGCUCACGACUAAGCUUUCAAGGGCAGUAAGGCUUUCGCUCGUCAAGCUACCGUUCUCCGCCAACUACGGCGGCGCCGGCGCAGAAACCCGUCAGACGCUUCUUCACCGGCCGAGGCGCCUUCACGCCCGACCCGAGGAAUUGUGUGUGAGGGUUACUGGUGUUGGAUCAGAGGAUGCAGUUUCAGAUUUGGCUCUGCAAACUUUAGUAUCAAUCAGACUAGAAAUUGGUGAUGGAGGUGGCUUUGAGGUUUCGGAGGCCUGCAUCAGCGCACUAAAAGGUCUUAUCGAGCUUAUAUGUGGUAACCUUGACUCUGUAAUUCAGUCUUUGCCCCAGGUCAAGGACUUUUGUGACCCGAACAACCUUGGAGCUUGUAACAUGACCUCAGACAAGGUUGCAAUUACAGCUGCUUGUGCAUUAGGACAGCUCGAGGCUCAUAUGGGAAACUUCAGCGAUGCAGAGGAGAUUCUUAGUGCAGCACUGAAGAAAAUGGAAGAGCACUUUAGGUUAGUUCCCUCUUAUGAGCAGGCUCUGAUGGACGUUCGAAAACAAAUUGAGCGUGAAUGGAGCGCUUUCAGAUAUGUGAAAAAGAAACAAAGACCAAAGCAUUCUCCAAAGAAGACCUUGGCCAACAACCUAGAACGGUGUCAUCACAUCACUGUGCUCUCACUGUGCUAG